AAUUUGCUUUGUUGAUAAUUUUUUAGUAUCAGUCCAGUUCUAGUGAAGGGUUUGUUGUUAUCUGACUCUCAGACCACUGUUUCUCUCCUCUACUUCUCUUUCAAUCAGCAUUCAGCAUGAGCGACCAGACUCACCUGUACCCAGUGGCCAUUCAAAAGACAGUCUGAUUGACUUCAAAGGCAGUUGUGAUUCUUUGAAAAAGAGCCUCCAGGAUAAGAAACCAGAUUCACCCAGCUCUGUGUUCAUGAGUGACCAAUCAAUAGGUGGUCUGAUCGAUUUUAAAGAUCAACACCAUGCAUUUGAAAAUAUAGUCCCCCAGGGAGGAUCAGAGACUACCAGUGGUGACCCUGCCCACAAGCUUCAAACAGAUCUGGAGUCCACAUUUAUGCUGCUUGAAGAGACUAUUAUCACGUUUGUGAAGAAUGAGCUGAAAACCUUUCAAAUGGUUCUCAGUCCAGAUAAAGUUGAAGAUUCGAACGGUCAGAAGAAAAAGGAAGACUCAGUGGAUAGUGAGGAGGAAGAGCAGAGGAGGAGCAGCAGAGAGGCCUUUCUCACAAUCGCACUGUGCUUCCUGAGGAAAAUGAAGCAGGAUGACCUGGCUGACUCUCUGCAGAGCAAAGCUGUGGUUCCUAUUUGCCAACAAAAGCUCAAAUCUCACCUGAAAGAGAAAUUCCACAGUUUUUUUGAGGGAGUUACUAAAGCAGGAAACAUCACACCUCUGAAUGACAUUUACACAGAGCUCUACAUUACAGAGGGAGGGUGUGGAGAGGUCAAUGACGAACAUGAGAUCAGACAGAUUGAAACAUCAUCCAUGAAGCAAUCAAGACCAGACACUAUGAUCAAAUGUGAAGACAUCUUCCAACCAUUACCUGGCAGAGCUCAUCAGCCAAUCAGAACGGUGCUGACAAAGGGAGUGGCUGGCAUAGGGAAAACAGUCUUAACACACAAGUUCACUCUGGACUGGGCUGAAGACAAAGCCAACCACAACAUUCAGUUCACAUUUCCAUUCACUUUCAAAGAACUGAAUCUGCUGAGUGGAAAAAAGUACAGCUUGGUUGAACUUCUUCAUCUCUUCUUUACUGAGACCAAAGAAGCAGACAUUUGCAGAUUUGACAAGUUCAAUGUUUUGUUCAUCUUUGACGGUCUGGAUGAGUAUCGACUUCCUCUAGAUUUCCACACCAAUGAGAUCCUGACUGACGUUACAAAGCCGAGCACAGUGGACGUGCUGCUGACGAACCUCAUCGCUGGCAAACUGCUUCCCUCUGCUCGCCUCUGGAUAACCACACGACCCGCAGCAGCCAAUCAGAUCCCUCCUGAGUGUGUUGACAUGGUGACAGAGGUGAGAGGGUUCACUGACCCACAGAAGGAGGAGUACUUCAGGAAGAGAUUCAGAGAAGAGGAGCAGGCCAGCAAAAUAAUCUCCCACAUCAAGACAUCACGAAGCCUCCACAUCAUGUGCCACAUCCCGGUCUUCUGCUGCAUCACUGCCUCGGUUUUAGACCAUGUACUGAGAGAAAAUGAAAAUGGGAAGUUCCCCAAGACCCUGACUGAUAUGUACAUCCACUUUCUGGUGGUUCAGUCAAAAAUAGGAAACGUCAAAUAUCAUGGAGGAGCUGAGACAAAUACACUCUGGAACAGCGAGAUGAGCAAGAUCAUCAUGUCUCUGGGAAAACUGGCUUUUGAGCAGCUGCAGAAAGGCAACUUGAUUUUCUAUGAAUCAGACCUGAUAGCAUGCGGCAUUGAUAUCAGGGCAGCCUCAGUGUACUCAGGGGUGUUCACACAGAUCUUUAAAGAGGAGUGUGGGCUGUACCAGGACAUGGUAUUCUGCUUUGUCCAUCUGAGCUUUCAGGAGUUUCUGGCUGCUCUCUAUGUCUUUGCCACAUUCACCAACACUGGUGUCAAUCUACUGUCAGAACCACAAUCAAGAUCCUGGUGGUGGCUUAAGCUAUUAACAUUCAGAUCAACCGAAAAAACGAUCUUCCAGACUGCAGUGGACAAUGCCUUACAGAGUCCAAAUGGACACCUGGAUAUGUUCCUCCGCUUCCUCCUGGGUUUCUCACUGGAGACCAAUCAGACUCUUCUACGAGGUCUGUUGAAACAGACAGAAUGUGGCUCAUAUGUCAAUCAUGAGACAGUACACUACAUCAAGGAAAAGAUCCGGGAUCAUCCGUCACCAGAGAGGUGCAUCAAUCUGUUCCACUGUUUGAAUGAGCUGAAUGAUCAUUCUCUAGUGGAGGAGAUCCAACAGUGCCUCAGUUCAGGAAGUCUCUCCACAGACAAGCUCUCUCCUGCUCAGUGGUCAGCUCUGGGCUUCAUCUUACUGUCAUCAGAGAAAGACCUGGAAGUGUUUGACUUGAGGAAAUACUCUGCUUCAGAGGAAGGUCUCCUGAGGCUGCUACCAGUGGUCCACAUCUCCAGAAUAUCUCUGUUGAACGACUGUUACUUGUCAGAGAGAAGCUGUGAAGUUCUGGCAUCAGUUCUUAGCUCCAAAACCUCUAGUCUUAGAGAGCUGGACAUGAGUAACAACAAUCUGCAGGAUUCAGGAGUGAAGCUACUCUCUGCUGGACUAGGGAGUCCACACUGUAGACUGGAAUCUCUGAGACUGUCAGGCUGUCUGGUCACAGAGGAAGGCUGUGCUGCCCUGGCCUCAGCUUUGAGCAGUAACCCCUCCCAUUUGAGAGAGCUGGACCUGAGCUACAACCAUCCAGGUGACUCAGGCAUGAAGCUGCUCUCCGCUGUCCUGGAGGAUCCACGCUCGCAAUUAACUACUCUCAGUGUGGAACAUGGUGGAGUGAAGAGGCUGAAGUCAGGUCCCAGAAAGUACGCCUGUGACCUCACACUGGAUCCAAACACAGCAAACAGGAAGCUCUCUCUGUCCGAGGACAACAGAAAGGUGACAGAGGUGUUGGAGAAGCUGCCGUACCCUGAGCAUCCAGAGAGAUUUCACCACUGGAAGCAGGUCCUGUGUAGAGAAGGUCUGACUGGGUGCUGUUACUGGGAGGUGGACUGUAAAGGAUGGGUUAAUAUUGGAGUGGCAUACAAAGGAAUCAAAAGGAAAGGGCAAGAUGACGACUGCUGGAUCGGACAGAACGGCAAGUCCUGGAGUCUGUUACGCUGUGAUAAUAGUUACUCCGCCUGCCACAAAAACCGAAGAGCAGUCAUAACCAUCCACCCCUCUGACGCUGGCAGAGUAGCAGUGUAUCUGGACUGGCCUGCUGGCACUCUGUCCUUCUACAGAGUCUCCUCUGACACGCUGAUCCACCUCCACACCUUCCACUGCACAUUCACUGAACCCCUCUAUCCUGCGUUCGGGUUUGAAUCAAUCAAGUGUGUAUCAUCAGCUUAUCUCUGUCAGAUAUAAAACGAGGUAGAGCAAAGGCGUCACUUUGUUUUGAAAAGUGGUGGGGACACAGGGGCUCAGAUAAGGGGUGCGAAGACACUCUUAGUUCGCGAGAUGUCACGAUACACGAUAUUAGGUUUACCAGAACGUGACGAAGAGAUUCUUAAACAGUGUUUUAAAGAUAUCUUCAAUACCAAGAUACAUGAGGUCUGUGGGGACCUCCGCCAGGAAAUUUUAAUCAUUAAACACUUAAUUUCCUGCAUUCUGGUGAAAGUUUCUGCACCUGUUUAUGGUGGAAAUAUAUUUAUUUAUUUAAAAGGAAACAAAAUAUAAUCGAAUAUACUGCAGUGCAGCUGUCAAGCAUUCUGUGUUGCUUUCAGAUCUCUGUCAUGUAAUAUCAUCCCUGCUGAGGCAACACAUAUGUAGGCAUGAUUUAGUCUUCCAUCCUCUUGUCAUUUCAAAGAGAGAACCGAAAACUUGGCCAAAAACGAGCUGUGUCAAGAAGUUAUUAAAAUUACUGAUUGGUAAAUGCA